AUGACAGCGAAACCCUUCAAAGUAAUCAUCGCCGGUGGUAGCAUAGCUGGUCUUUCCUUGGCCCUGAUGCUAGAAAAGAACGGAAUCGACUUUGUUGUCCUCGAAGCCUACCCGAGCAUCGCGCCCCAAGCGGGAGCCAGCAUCGGCGUCUUGCCCAAUGGCCUACGCAUCCUUGAUCAGCUAGGUUGCUGCGAUGAAGUGGUUGCUAUGGCUGAGUAUCCUGUGGAAAAGGUAAUCUUUCGGAAUUCGGCCGGGCAGCCGUUUUGGUCUUUAGAGGAUUUUGGGAGGGACAUGGUUGAUCGCCACGGGUACCCUGUUGUAUUUCUAGAUCGCCGAAUGUUGAUCCAGAUACUGUACGACAAGAUUGAAGACAAGUCCAAGGUUCUUACUUCGGAAAGGGUUGUUGCUAUCGAGAAUGCCCUACCGCACGUCACUGUCACUACGCAGAUGGGCAACUCAUAUACGGGUGAUAUCGUUGUUGGAGCAGAUGGGAUUCACUCGACGGUUCGGAAACAAAUGUGGCAAGAAGCUCAGCGGACAGAUCCGACAUGGAUAGAUCCAUCAGAGAGAAAUGCCCCCCCGGCAACAUACGCGUGUAUAUUCGGUAUAUCCAGAGGUGUUCCCGGCAUCGAAAAAGGAACUCUCAAUUCCGUUCUCAACGAACACACUUCAUAUUUCAUUCCCAGUGGACCCGGGGACAGAACGUACUGGUUCCUAGUGAGGAAUCUGGGUAAGACUAUGCAUGGAUCAGAUAUUCCCCGGUUCACAAAGCAAGAGGAGGAAGCUAUGGUAAAAGAACACUGGGAUGACUACGUUACCCCGACAGUACGGUUCUCUGAACUCUACAAGAAUAAGAUCAGCUCGGUGUAUACGAGUCUCCCGGAAUAUGUUUACAAAAAGUGGUAUUUUCAGCGGAUCAUGACGAUCGGUGAUGCCAGCCAUAAAUUCGAGCCAAUAACAGGACAAGGCGGCAACAACGCCAUUGAAACAGCAGCCUCGCUCACCAAUUACCUUAUAUCGACCCUAAACUCAAACACCUUGCAGCUCCUUUCAACAGAGCAGAUCUCAUCUGUCUUUGAAAAAGUGCAAAAGCAACGACAUGGCCGUGUCUGGGACCUAGUUAAAGCCUCCCACACACGCCAGCGCCUCGAAUGCAUGGAAACACCAGCGCUCAAGUUCGUCGCCAAAUACGUUCUCCCGCUCAUCCCGAAGCAGGCCCUGAAGGAUAAAUGGAUAAAAACGUAUUGCCCAGCGAUUUCGUUAAGUAUGCUUCCUCAGCCUAGCCGCCCGAUGCAGAUUCCGUAUCAUGAUGAGCUGUUUAGAGCACCAGUAUCUCGUGGAUGGCCGGGUCUUAUGGUAUAUGCGGCGUACAUCAGCCUCGCUUGGCUUGCUUUCCAGCUUUUGUUUGUUGCCAUGGAGGGAAAUGGCACUCGGGAUCUGAUUCGUGAUGUCAUUGUUCGACGUGUGAUGACAGAAAAGGAAGUUCCUCUUCGUCAGAACUAUACCGGCUGGCAGGGAAUUGAUCGAAUUCUGCGGGUUCUGGCGGCUAUGUUUUUCUCGACAGUGACCAGCUCAUCUCCUCAGCAGAUCGUGCAGAUAUUCUAUUUCCUCUCUGUGGUGCUCCCUUUGGUUACCAUUUUUACCGUCGAAGGCUUUCGGCCCAAAAAUAAGUGGACGCUUCUUGCAGUCCCCAGUCUAUGGGCAACUUUAUGCCAGCUCCGUGGAAUCGGGUUUAUCGCACCGCUGUACUUCCUGACAGGUGCCUUUGUCUCGCGAAGUAUUGAGUACUACUCGCCGCCAUUCACGGCCUUGCCUGUAGCUACGGCCAAAGCUAUACUUCCGGCGGCGAUAUUCGGCUUUAUCAUCCCCAGCAUGUUGCUGUUCUUUCCAUAUAACGACGCAGAUAUACAUCAGGUUGUAAUCGCUUUCUGGCAGCCAGCACCAGUGCUCGUUCCAAUCUUAACAGGGGUCUUCUCAUACCUUAUCCAAUCGCAGAUCGGGAACUCUAACAAUGAUGGAUCCAAGCAGAUGAAGGAGGAAACGGACCUCUCUCAUCUCAAAACAGUAUACAAAGCAACAGGUAUCAUAUCCGCAUGCUUUCACAUUUUUACCGCUGUCGGUUGCAUGGUCUCAAAUGAUAUCUCUUUAACCAAUGUAUUGCUACGGAAAGACUCGUUCGCUCCUAUCUCCAAUCUGGGAGACGGUGUUUUCGUUUUCUUUCAGAAUGACUGUCUGAUGACUGCGGUGGCUGUUUUCUUAUGCUGCAUGGUUGCCAUUCGCGAUUUGUAUAGGGUGGGAUUAUCGAACGUCACUUUGCUGGGUGGAAUGGGCGCAGUUGUUGCUGGGUUUGGAUUUGUUGGUCCUGGGGCAACUGCUGCUGCUGUUUGGUACUGGCGGGAGCAUUUAUUGGGUGGGAAGGAUGCUAGACGUUGA